AAUCUCUCUCACACACACACGCAAACACUCUCUCUCAUGGCUAGAUCAAUUGCAGACCCUCUUCUUGUUGGGAGAGUGAUUGGAGAUGUCCUUGAUCCUUUCACUCCAACCAUUAAAAUGUCAGUCAUUUACAACAACAAGCAAGUGUGCAAUGGCUAUGAGUACUAUCCUUCUGCAGUCACCGCCAAACCUAGGGUUGAGGUUAAUGGAGGUGACAUGAGAAGUUUCUUUACACUGGUUAUGACAGAUCCAGAUGUUCCUGGGCCUAGUGAUCCUUAUUUAAGGGAACAUCUGCACUGGAUAGUGACUGACAUUCCAGGCACAACAGAUGCCACAUUUGGAAGGGAAGUGGUGAGCUACGAGAUCCCAAAGCCUAAUAUAGGCAUCCACAGGUUUGUGUUUGUUCUCUUCAAGCAGAAACGCAGGCAGAGUGUUAGCCCACCUUCUUCCAGGGAUUGCUUCAACACUCGAAGCUUCGCCGCCGACAACGACCUCGGCCUCCCCGUUGCCGCUGUCUUCUUCAAUGCACAGAGAGAGACAGCUGCAAGAAGACGCUAA